CUCUCUCAUCCUUCCAAAGCUCCGAUCCCUAAAAUCUCAUCAUCCUCAAAAAUCCCAAAGUCGGGUUUCCAGAUCCCAAAUCAAUUCUCAACCAUGUCGAGCUUCGCCGGAGACGAGACCGCGCCCUUCUUCGGAUUCCUGGGCGCCGCCGCGGCCCUCGUCUUUUCCUGCAUGGGAGCGGCGUACGGAACGGCGAAGAGCGGCGUCGGAGUGGCCUCGAUGGGAGUGAUGAGGCCGGAGCUGGUGAUGAAGUCGAUCGUGCCCGUCGUCAUGGCUGGAGUUCUCGGAAUCUACGGUUUGAUUAUCGCCGUCAUCAUCAGUACGGGGAUUAACCCUAAGGCAAAGUCUUACUAUCUUUUUGAUGGGUAUGCUCACCUUUCGUCGGGUUUGGCUUGCGGUCUCGCGGGGUUGUCGGCUGGAAUGGCGAUCGGGAUCGUCGGAGAUGCUGGAGUCAGGGCGAAUGCACAGCAGCCAAAGUUGUUUGUCGGGAUGAUCCUCAUUCUCAUUUUCGCAGAAGCUCUUGCCCUCUACGGUCUUAUCGUCGGCAUCAUCCUCUCUUCUCGAGCUGGCCAAUCUCGAGCAGACUAAGUGAAGUCAGCCGGGCUCUAUUUCCAACGAUCACGAGCCUUCCUGUUUCUACAGUACUCUGUUUAUUUCACUAUGAUAUUGUUUUGAGGGAUUGUUAUAGAUGGGAGUCCCUUCUGAUAAAAACCCCCAAAUCUUUGCAUAACGAUGUUAUGACAGUUUUACAUAAAACUCUCUGUAAUGUGAGACACGCCUGCAGCUAGUGCUGGUUCCCAUUCUAUUUGUGAUUCUUAAUAAUGAUAGGUUAAAUAUGGUGUUUAUCUGGAUC